UAGCGUUGGUUUUGGCGAACGAUGGAAAAUUAAAAAAAAAAAGAUUUUGUUGUUGAUGUUACAUGGUUGUGAUUCUACGUUGCUUAGUUUAAUUAACAUCUAUUUUAAUUAAAUUAUUGAGUGAAAGGUCUUUUGUUAAUAUGGAAGAAAUACUCGCCUGUCGCGUGUGCCUCGCUACAGAUGUAAAACUAUUUGAUGUCUAUUCAAAUAAGUUAGUUUCAGCGUUCGAAAUGGUCACAGGUAUACAGAUCACAAUGACAGACGGGCUUCCCCACAAGAUGUGCAACUAUUGCAGUAUAACUAUCCUCAAGAAUGCUGCGUUUAAGGAACGCUGUCUCAACACACAGGAGAUGCUGCGGUACCUUACAGAGACUGAAAUGAUUUCCACAGACUAUUUACGUGACAUGGACCGCACAAAUGUCCCAUCGUUUCCACCGUACGUAAUAGAGUCAGUGUACUCUAUGGAAUCCAAAGACGAAAUAAAGGAGGAAGACAUAGACUACCGAGAUGUAGAAGUGACAAUAGACAAUGAUAUAAAGAGCGAGGCAAGCGAUGAGGAGCCGUUAUCUAAGAAAGUUAAAAAAAAUUGUGAACCGGAAAUCAAAGCGGAGAUAGGUGUGGCUCCGGAGAUAGAUUUAAUGUUUCUGAGUAAACAGCAACAGAUGGAUGAAUUGAAAGCUAAGAUGCGCAGUUUGAAUUAUCGGAAUUCGCUGUACAAGUGUGAAUUGUGUUAUAAAGGUUUCAUGACUGAUGUUACAUAUAAGAACCAUAUGAUUAGACAUGAUUCUAAUGUGGGUACUCACCGCUGUGAGAUCUGCAGCAUAUACUGCAGCUCGGAGAGGACGCUGCGGAGCCACGUGGCCACCUCGCACGAGAGGAAGUACAUCUGUAAACUGUGCAACUAUGUCACAAAGUCUGGGAGUCGCGCCAGAGAACAUUCUAGAUGGCACUCGGGACAUACAUACGUGUGCCAGCUGUGCGGGACUUCGUUCGCGAAAUCGACUAGUUAUUUCACCCACGUCCGCCUGCGGCAUCCGACCAACCACAGCUGUUCGCUGUGCGGGGAGUCUUUUAUUGGUGAAAACGGACUUAAUAUGCAUAUUAAAAAAGCUCACACUUUACAGGACAGCAGAGUACUGAAUUAUCAAUGCAAAUAUUGUAACGUUAAGUUCUAUAACGAAGACGCUUUGAGAAAACAUGGUGAUAUUAAAGACUGUGAUAUCAAUAAAAGUCCCUGUUUGCAGUGCGGUGAAAGUUACACCUCUGAAGAGAAACUAAACGACCAUUUUAAGAUGGUGCAUGAAGCGACCAAAUGCCAGCAGUGCGACAAAACGUUCUCAAACGAGCGUUCGUACGCGAUUCACCACCAGAGGGUGCACCUAGGGCUCCGCCUCAAGCGGCACGGCAAGCGGAGCCCCAGCGCCAGGACUGUGGUCUGCGAACACUGCGGGAAGGCGUGCCAUUCGAAAGCGAAGCUGAUUCACCACCAGCGCACGCACACGGGAGAGAGGCCCUUCCACUGCAACAACUGCCCGAAGAAGUUCACCAACCUUCAACUGCUACAGGUACAUGUACGUACUCACACGGGGGAGAGGCCGUACAGAUGUGAGAUCUGCUCGAAGGGGUUCAUACACAAAGCAGGUCUCAACAGACAUGUUAGAGUACACACAGGUGAGAAACCCUACGUGUGUCCCCAUUGCGACAAGGCGUUUUCACAGUCAAAUUCGAUGAAACUACACGUCAACACUGUCCACCUCAAGAUGCCCGCGCCGUACAGAGCGAGACGGAAAGAGUUCGCAGUUUGUUAAUAAAUUAUACAAUUUCGA